CACAAAUCUACGAGGUUCUGCUAGCUUUGUGAAUGAGCGGCACUACAGCAGCAAAAGGGUCUUUGGCCAGGUUCUGGAAUCCUCGGGUUUCGAGUCACACAAGGGAGCAUGCAUAGUAACCUACGUGCCAACAUGCGACAUGGCUAUUGAGGACAACCGUCCAUAGGGCUGUGAUCCCUUCCAACCCCUCUUCUUGUGCUGAAUAUUUCGAUAUAUCUUGGGCUCAUCAAACGAUAUUCGUGAUGGUAAGCCAUUGAGUCUCGUUGUUACGCCAAGGAGAGAUUGCUUUUCCAGACUAGUAAUGAUAGGAGCUGCAUGAAAUGGCUCAACCAUCGACUCGGACAUGUCCAGGGGCUGGCCCCUUUUGCCCCAGGUCAGUCAGGCCUCCACAUUGAGGCUCUCUUUCGUCAGGAACGAGUGACCAGAUACGGCUCGGGGACUUUCUUCCAGGCUGUCUCAGCCCAACUUCUGCGGUCCUGGAGUUGGACUGUCAUGGGAUCUAUGCGAUUCGUUUCCUGGAGGCACGGCAGGGCGGUCCAGCCGCUGGUAGGCUCGUUCAAGAUUUCCGGAUGCUUGUCAAGUGACUCUGGCGUCCUGCUCUUUCCUAAAUCGACCCUUCACGCUAUCUCAAGCCCUGUCCACCUCGUGAGGUGUGCUCAGGAUCAUCGCCAACCUUUUCCACUCUCGCCACAUGCCCCGCAGCCCAGAGUCGUUCUCACGAUGAUUACUGGCGAGGUCCUCGGAUCAUCGACCCCAAUUCCUCGAAGUGCUUACCGGAUUUGUCUUGGGUACACAGGCGGGCAUGCCGUGGAUUCGAGGAUGAAGGAUCCGGAUCUGCAAGAGCAGCGUCGAAGACGGCAUCGAGGGCUACAGCAGACUACCUCGGGGGUACAUCUCUCACCCUGGAUCCCGUCCAAACCCCGACCCUCACGCGAAUAGCCCGAGUACUAAGACAUGGCUGUACCCUCUGUCUGCACGGGGUGUCUUUGCAAGCGCG